GAAAUGAGGAGCCAACUGGAAAUCUUGCUCUUGCGGUCUUGUUCAUGCCGUACACGUAGCUUGUUCCUUUAUUUUUCUUUUCUUUUCUCUCGCUAACCUACUUCCAUGUACCUACAUAUAUUACAUACAUGUAUGAUGUAGCUAGGUAGGCAAGGUUCCCUUCCGGUGUGUAUCUAAUGUAAAUGCUUGCAGGUAUACGUAUUCUAUAUGUAUAGUACGGUAAUAUAUCAUGUACAUAUAUGUACGUGCUAUAGAUAUGUAGCCGCUUGUUCCAUGACCUAUUUUGUCCCCACGGACGGCCAAGCUGCAUGCAUUACUCAGCUCCAGCUCUUUCAAUCCCAAACCAAGAAAAAAAAAAAAGUGAAUGAAAAAAAAAGGGGGUGCCACUUACGACUCUCUUACUGUAGCACGCACCAUUAUCACGGUAAGUCCUCCACCUCCGACGUUCCGAGCGGUCACGAUGGUCACGAUGCCAUAUCCUCGCCCAAUUGGUGGACGUGGGGGUUUUUUUUGGUCAUUUUUCCCUUGCCCUACCCCAACCUCCUACUCCUCCUACCUAAUAAAAUAGAAAAUAGGGAAUUUCGUUUCGUCUUACACAAACACUAAAUCUAAUCUCACGAUAGCUUCCCCUCCCCCCAUCAAAAUCAUGAACCGUUCGUUUAUUUCCCCAUUGUUUUAAAUAGAUUAGGGUUUUGGAU